GUAAAAGCGGUAGAUGUGAGCAGGGCACGGUGCUGUGGAUGUUAUAGCUCUUCUGGUGACUGGAGUCUUCUGACCGGAGAGAUUAAACACAGAUUUUGGAGCUGAGUCGUGUUCCUGUGCCGGUAGAGCGAUGUCUCCCGAUGAGCUGGUGUACUUGGGAAUUCUCGCUGCCUCCAUCCCUGCUGGAUUCCUCUUCCGCUACCUCAGUCCGCCUGGGAAGCAGGGAGCAGCUCUUCUCCUGGGCCUCUCCAUCACCAUUGCCACGUGUAAUAUCCACACACUGCACUCUCUGGUGACAGUGAUUGGAACAUGGAUCAUUAUAAAGAGCAGCUGGAGACACGCCCCAGCACUGAGUCUCAGCUGGACGUUUAUCUACCUGCUCUUCUUCCGGCUGGUCACAUGGUUCGGUCUGCCAUCACCGACACCAUUUGCCAAUGCCGUCCAGCUUCUUCUCACUCUCAAGAUGGUGAGUUUAGCCAAUGAGGUGUACACUUUCCACAUGGAGAAGAAAAAGGAAUUGAGCUCUUUUUCUAAGUCUCCUGUCGUCGGUGGUCUGUCCGAGGAGCCCUCUCUCUACGAUAUUCUGUCCUAUAGCUACUGUUAUGUGGGUAUAAUGACCGGUCCCUUCUUUCGCUUCCAAACGUACGUUGACUGGCUGAGGCAGCCGGCGCCCCUGGCCCUCCCCGGCUUGGCACCGUGCCUGCAGCGUUUGAAGCUGGUUCCGGUCUACGGCGCUUUGUUCCUGGCCGUAAACUCUGUCUUUCCUCUGGCUUAUGUUCGCACAGACGACUUCCUGGAUCAAAACUAUUUCUUCAGGUUGUUCUACAUGAUAGCGGUGUUCUUCGUGUUUCGGAUGCGUUUCUAUGCAGCCUGGUGUGGAGCUGAGGCCGGGUGUAUCAGUGCAGGUCUGGGCUGUUAUCCAGAAAAAGCACUGUCCAAACCUGGAGGAGGACCCACAGUCACCUACAGUCCUGAUCCCUCAGUGGAAGAGACAUACGACUUCAAAACCAUCCAGAACAUUGACUGCUACAACACGGACUUCUGUGUGAAGGUCCGACACGGCAUGCGUUACUGGAACAUGACGGUGCAGUGGUGGCUGCAUCACUACAUCUACCCCAACUCCCCCUUCAAAGCCUACACUCUCAGGGCGGGCUGGACUAUGUUUAUCAGCGCCUACUGGCACGGACUACACGUGGGCUACUACCUCUCCUUCCUCACCAUCCCCUUGUGCAUCGCAGCCGAGUCCGCCAUGGAAGCCUCCGUCCGAGCUAAACUGGGUCCUCGUGGUCAGAACAUCUUCGACUGGGUCCACUGGUUCUUGAAGAUGAGGGCCUACGACUACAUGUGCAUGGGCUUUGUGCUGCUCAAGGCCUCUGACACCAUCAACUACUGGACGUCCAUCUACUUCAUCAUGCACAUCAUCGCUGUUUGCUGCAUAGUAGUGGGCAGGGUGCUGAAGGGAGGGAGAGGGGAAGGGAGGAGAGGGGACAAGGAGGAGAAAAGAGAGGGAGGGAAAGGAGGGGAAGUGAACAAGAAACCUGGAGAAAAAACAGACUAAAGGGAGGUAAAGAAAAGAAGGGAUGCUUUUUCGGACACAAGGAGCUAAUUUUAGAGACGUUCCAACAUAAUUUGCAACAACACCCCAAUACAAGUCCAACAAGAUAUCCAGUGAGAAAAGUUCAACUCAAUUUUAUUAAAUGCAAAUACACAGUCAGACAGUAGUGUCACAUGUAAAUGUCGGUAAAUUGUCGCCACUGGAGACAUUGCAUAUACAAGUACUGUGAACACUGGUGGAGGAAUGUUUGAGCACAAUGAAUGUUACUUUUGUAUUGAGAGGUAACCUGAGCAUCUGCCUGUACUUACUGUGUGAUUUACUCCGAGAUAUCGUGCUCAGUCUUAAGUGUGUUUGGAGCCGCAGAGCUCGUCAUUGACACGUCAAACCAGUGUAACCAUCAGAAUUAUUACCACAACCAACAAAUCAUUUCAGCAGCGCUCAGUAUUGUGUUACAGUACGUUUAUACUGGAGUAAAGAAUGAAUGGAUUCUGAUGGUAAACAUGUUAGCAUGGCGUCAUCUUCAGGGCUCAGCUGUCAUGACCUGCAUGUUAAUACCAGUCCCUCUGUAGAUAGAUAGAAACAUCUCUGUGUUCUUGGCCAGUAGAAGAGAUCUUCACGUGUUGCCCAAACUUCCUUGAAUGCUUUGAUCUUUAAAGCUAGGGUCACUAGGCCUCCUCCUGGCCUCCAGCUGACCGUGAUGAUACAGCCACGCUUUGAACUUUCUAUUGGUUGAUUUUCCUCAACCAGACUUCUGUUUGCUUUUCAAUGUUGAGGAUGUUGUUUUUAGUCCGAUCGUGUGUGAGUGUAAUUUAUGAAUUGUGUGGAACAAAAGGAUUUUGCUGCUGUUUUGCAUCUCAAAUCAACACCAACAGCAAACAGACUCAACUCAAUUAUGUUUCUAGUUAGAUUUAGAAAAACGAUAUUGUAAAAUGCACUUUGUUGCAGUGAUACAUGGAUUAUGGUGCACAGUGAAACUGGUUUGGUGUUGACGGAGCACAAGGUCCAGAUUACAUCUCUAUGGCUGCCCAACAACACAAGGACCUCUGUAUGUGUUUAAAUAAGAUGAAGCAUUUUCAGCUUUAUUAUUAGUGGCUAAUUAUUUCUGUGUGAUAUAAUUUUCUCUGUUUGUAUUUGAUCUUUCCUUACAUUUGUACCUAUUAACCUCUCAGCUCAUAUCAGGGUACUGCAUGCACUGACACCUCUAUAAGUAGUGUUGUAUCCGGUGAAGAGAGUGCCAUGUGAAAAACAUUAACAGUCCAUUCACUGCCAAAAUGUCUGUACUGCCAUCGGGGACCAUUCAGGGUUGGGACCAAACGUUUGAUACAAAGUGGCGUGCUAACAUCGUUUAAUAAAAAGAUGCCGACGUCAGUAUGGAAAACAGCACAGUUUAUUCUGGGCGAUACAGUGGAAAUUAUAUCACAAUGUUAAUUAAAUGAUUUUACAGUAUUGAUAAAUGUCACAAUAUUAAAAAAUGUUUGCAAAUCACAUCAGACCGAUCUAAGGCUAUACAAACUGAACAAUGAACAAAUGAACAAACUGAAACAGAUCUUUGGAACAAUAUGCUUCUGCAAAAAGUUGAACACUUACUUAUAUGAGCAUGACUGAAUGCAGAAUCUAAAUGUAUCUUUUUUUCUGUGUUUUGUUUGAUUCUGAAUUCGACUUGAGUGAAUGGAGAUAAUUCAAGUAACAAAAAUUGCAUAGAUUUUAUGUUUUGCUGCUUCUCUUUGCCAAACCUCAACCUUUCCAGAAAUCCGUUUAUUCAGUUUUUAUUAUUACACCAGAGUGAUGUUCUUUUGGCUGUUUGUCCAUUUUGUUUACACUUUUUUUGCCUUAGUUUCCUUCACCAACUGUAACACUCCCUGCUCUGUAAGUGUUACAUGUGGAGUGACAGUACACGUACGCCGUUCCUCACCGAUAUUACUUGUCUUCUCUUUUUAAAGUCUACAUUUAAUGUGGUUGUGGAUGAAUCAUUUGUUCAUUACAAACUUCAUGUUGACUGUGUGUAAAUAAAAUCAAGAUGAAACUUGUGGAAAAA